UGUGAGGCAAUUUGCGGCUGCUGGAAGGAGGACAGCUGCGGCUGUGUCCCUACAAGAGCAGAGCGACCUCACCGCCGUGGACCCGGGCAGCAGAGCCAGGCAAAAUGGACGACAAUAUGGACACAGAAUCCAUUCUAGAAGAACUUCUUCUCAAAAGGUCACAGCAAAAGAAGAAAAUGUCACCCAAUAAUUACAAAGAGCGGCUUUUUGUUUUGACCAAAACAAACCUCUCCUACUAUGAGUAUGACAAAAUGAAAAGAGGCAGCAGAAAAGGAUCAAUUGAGAUUAAGAAAAUCAGAUGUGUGGAGAAAGUAAAUCUUGAGGAGCAGACCCCCGUGGAGAGACAGUACCCAUUUCAGAUUGUCUAUAAAGAUGGGCUUCUCUAUGUGUAUGCAUCAAAUGAAGAGAGCCGAAGUCAGUGGUUGAAAGCAUUACAAAAAGAGAUAAGGGGCAACCCCCAUCUGCUGAUCAAGUACCACAGUGGGUUCUUCGUGUACGGGAAGUUCCUGUGCUGCCAGCAGAGUUGCAAAGCGGCCCCAGGAUGUACUCUCUGGGAAGCAUAUGCUGAUCUGCACAUUGAACCCAAAGAAGAAAAACACAGAGUUCCCAUCUUCCCAGACAGAGUGCUGAAGAUUCCUCGAGCAGUUCCUAUUCUCAAGAUGGAUGAACCAUCUUCAAGUACCGCUCUAGCUCAGUAUGACAGUGACUCCAAGAAAAACUGUGGCUCCCAGUCAAACGUCAACAUGUGGUAUAUGCCAAGAGAAGACUGCCCUGACUGGUGGCAAGUAAGAAGACUGAAAAGCAGUGAAGAUUUGGCAUGCAGUAACCAAAGGGAAAGAAAUGUUGUAGAUCACAGCACCUUAAAGAUGUCAUGGGGAUCCCCUGAGUCAAGUUCAUCUGAAGAAGAGGAAAACCUUGAUGACUAUGACUGGUUUGCAGGUAACAUCUCCAGGUCACAAUCUGAGCAGUUACUGAGACAAAAGGGAAAAGAAGGAGCAUUUAUGGUUAGAAAUUCCAGCCAGGCGGGAAUGUACACAGUGUCCUUGUUUAGUAAGGCUAUGAAUGAUAAAAAAGGAACCGUCAAACAUUACCAUGUGCAUACAAAUGCUGAGAACAAAUUGUACCUGGCAGAAAACUACUGUUUUGAUUCCAUUCCAAAGCUUAUUCACUAUCAUCAACACAAUUCAGCAGGCAUGAUCACACGACUCCGCCACCCUGUGUCAACCAAGGCCAACAAGGUUCCCAUCUCCGUGUCCUUGGGAAGUGGAAUCUGGGAACUGAAAAGAGAAGAGAUUACCCUGUUGAAGGAGCUGGGAAGUGGCCAGUUUGGAGUGGUCCAUCUGGGCAAGUGGAAGGGGCAGUAUGAUGUUGCUGUUAAGAUGAUCAAGGAGGGCUCCAUGUCAGAAGAUGAAUUCUUCCAGGAGGCCCAGACCAUGAUGAAACUCAACCAUCCCAAGCUGGUGAAAUUCUACGGAGUGUGUUCAAAGAGAUACCCUAUAUACAUAGUGACUGAAUAUAUAACCAAUGGCUGCUUGCUGAGUUACCUGAAGAGUCAUGGGAAAAGACUUGAGCCCUCCCAGCUCUUAGAAAUGUGCUAUGAUGUUUGUGAAGGCAUGGCCUUCUUGGAGAGCCACCAGUUCAUACACCGGGACUUGGCUGCUCGGAACUGCUUGGUGGACAGCGACCUCUCUGUGAAGAUUUCUGACUUCGGCAUGACGAGGUAUGUUCUUGAUGACCAGUAUGUCAGUUCGGUAGGAACAAAGUUUCCCGUCAAGUGGUCAGCCCCAGAGGUGUUUCACUACUUCAAAUACAGCAGCAAGUCAGACGUAUGGGCGUUCGGGAUCCUGAUGUGGGAAGUGUUCAGCCUGGGGAAGCAGCCCUACGACUUGUACGACAACUCGCAGGUGGUCGUGAAGGUCUCCCAGGGCCACCGGCUCUACCGGCCCCAGCUGGCGUCGGACACCGUCUACCAGGUCAUGUACCGCUGCUGGCAUGAGCUUCCAGAAAAGCGUCCCACAUUUCAGCAACUCCUAUCUUCCAUUGAACCACUUCGGGAAAAAGACAAAACUUGAAGAAGAAAUGAGAAGUUCUGAUGAGAGUGAGUGUAAA